GCCAGAGUUGUCUUUGCUAAAACACAAGUUGAUUUCAUUCCCGGUCAGAAAUUUUUGGCUACUUGUGCUAAAUUCCAAAACUCCCAAAGAUUUGCGUCUUUGCACCAUUCAGUCAUACAAUGUCCUACCACACAAUUUCUUCCAAAGCCAUGCUGCUCUUGCUACUCCAUAUUUUCACUUUCCAAACUCUCAUAGAUACCACUUCUUUUCCUGGAAAUACAACCGAUCAUAUGGCCUUAAUGGCUUUCAAGUCCAAGAUUUCAAAUGAUCCUCAUGGGAUUUUGAAGUCCUGGAAUGAUUCUAUCCAUUUCUGCAGAUGGGAAGGCAUCACCUGCAGUCAUAGAAGGGAUAGAGUCACCAUCUUGGAUCUAUCAUCUAGGGACUUGGUGGGUUCUUUGUCUCCUUUCAUUGGAAACUUGAGUUUCCUUCGGGAGAUUAGACUUUUAAACAACAGCUUUCAGGGUGAUAUCCCACCCGAAAUUGGUCACCUAUUCAGGUUACAGGUCCUCAAUCUCAAUAAUAAUUCUUUUGAGGGAAAGCUCCCACCAAACCUAUCUCGUUGCUCCAACCUCAAUGUCCUCAAUAUUGGUAAAAAUAAGUUAGUGGGAAAACUUCCAAUGGAGCUUGCUUCCAUGUCCAAGCUCAUACAACUUUCCAUUCACUUCAAUCAUUUUACUGGAGGAAUCCCACCUUUCAUUGGGAAUCUUACCUCUUUGGUGGUCUUAUCCACAGCUGAUAAUGAUUUUGGAGGCAACAUUCCAGAUACCUUAGGCCAAUUAAGAAGCUUGUGGGUUCUCGGACUCGGAGGAAAUAAUCUUUUUGGUAAGAUCCCUCCAUCAAUCUAUAACCUUUCCAUGAUUUCUAUUUUCUCCGUAUCUACCAAUCAACUUGAAGGAAAUCUUCCAUGGGAUAUGGGACUCACCCUUCCUAAUCUAGAACAGAUUAAUGUGGGGAGAAACAAUUUUAGUGGGCGGAUUCCAAUAACAUUAUCCAAUGCUUCAAAACUUGAAAGUCUAGAAAUGCCAUCAAAUAAUUUCUCUGGAAAGCUAAAAGUUCCUUUUGGGCUCCUACAACAUUUGCAAUGGCUAGCUUUAAAUGAUAAUCAUCUAGGAAGCGGAGACAUUGAUGAAAUGAAAAUUUUAACUUCUUUGGUCAACUGUAGCAAAUUGCAAUAUUUAGUGCUUGCUACAAAUCAAUUUCAAGGAAGAUUGCCAAAAUCUGUAGCCAAUCUAUCAAUUCAACUAAUAGAGCUUCACUUUCAACAGAAUAACCUAUUUGGAGACAUCCCUCCAGGGUUAGGCAAUCUUGUUGGUUUACGUAUAUUGGCAUUGUAUGAUAAUCAGUUUACUGGCAAAAUUCCAAGAGAGAUCGGUCAACUUGAAAAACUUGAUACUAUAGCUCUUGGCAGCAAUAAACUUUCAGGAGAAAUUACAGAAUCUUUUGGAAACUUAACACUGUUGAGUAAGCUUGGUCUAGAACAAAACCAGUUAAGUGGAAGCAUACCUUCAAGCCUUGGGAACUGCCCAAACAUUGAGGCAUUGUAUCUUAGUCAAAACGACCUUAAUGGCUCGAUACCGAAAGAACUUUUCAACAUUUCUACAUUGAGUAUCACACUAGAUCUUUUUCAUAAUCAUUUGAUUGGAUCUCUACCUUUAGAAGUUGGUCAGUUGGGAAACCUAGAUGAAUUGGAUGUAUCUGACAACAUGUUGUCAGGAGAAAUCCCAAAUACCCUUAUUGGCUGCACCAGUCUAGAGUUCCUUUACCUUGAUAGAAACCACUUUCAAGGUAGCAUUCCUGAAUGUUUAAGCUCUUUAAGAGGAAUUCGGGAACUUGAUCUUUCUGUCAACAACUUAACAGGUAAGAUCCCUCAAUACAUGGAAAAUCUAGCAUUGGAGUAUCUGAAUUUGUCUUUCAAUAACUUUGAAGGAGAGUUGCCAACAAAAGGCAUCUUCAGAAAUGCAAGUGUAGUAUUUGUUGAAGGAAAUAAUAACCUUUGUGGAGGAAUUGCUGAACUUGGCUUGCCUAAAUGUAGCAUCAAAGCAACAAAGAAAGCUAAACUAUCGCAUGUGCAUAUAAUAAUUAUAGUUUUCUCACUUCUGGGAGUAAUUAUUAUAUCCAUCUUCUUGCUAUGUUGGACUAAAAGAAAAAACAGAGAUCGAUCUUCUAGAUUCUCCUUGAAAGAGCCUUUACUGCAACUUUCUUACCAAAGCCUCCUUAAAGCGACAGAUGGGUUUUCUUCAACAAAUUUACUUGGUAAGGGGAGCUUAGGUUCUGUCUACAAAGGAGUUCUUGAAGAAGAUGGAUCACAUGUUGCAGUCAAAGUACUUGAUCUUUUGUAUCGAGGAGCUUCCAAGAGUUUUAUGGCAGAGUGUGAAGCCUUGAAGAACAUUCGUCAUCAAAACCUUUUAAAGAUCAUAACUUCUUGCUCAAGCAUCGACUUUCAGGGAAAUGAUUUCAAGGCUCUAGUUUAUGAGUUGAUGCCUAAUGGAAGCCUGGAUAAUUGGUUGCAUGCAUCUGCUCAGGAAACAAACAAUGCCCAAAGUAGAGUCCAGAGUCUAAGCUUAUUACAGAGGAUAAGCAUUGCCAUUGAUGUUGCCUCUGCUCUUAACUAUCUCCAUUACCAUUGUGGGAAGCCAAUUGUUCAUUGUGAUCUAAAGCCAAGCAAUGUUCUUUUAGACAACGACAUGACUGCUCAUGUUGGGGAUUUUGGGCUUGCAAAGUUUAUUUCAUCAGAAUCCAAAAUUUCAAACCAAAGUAGCACAGUUGGAGUAAGGGGAACAAUUGGGUACGCCGCUCCAGAGUAUGGCAUGGGAAGUGAGGUAUCAAUACAUGGCGAUAUAUACAGUUAUGGGAUCUUGGUGCUGGAGAUGAUGACAGGAAAGAAGCCCACUGACAAUCUUUUUGAAGGAGGAUUUAAUCUUCAUCAUUAUGCAAGAAUGACCUCACCUGAUCAAAUUGUGGAGAUUGUGGACCCAAAGCUCGUACAAGAGGCUGAAGCAACCAUUGUUAAUAGACAAAGCUCUCGACUUAACAUAAUAAUGGAUUGCCUAGUCUCAAUGAUUAGGAUUGGUGUGGCAUGUUCCAUGGAAUCACCUCAAGAUCGUAUGCUCACGAGUACAGUUCUCAAGGAGCUGCAUCUUAUCAAGGAUAAUCUUCAACGCAGCUGGGGUAACAACUAGUAUAGCUCUAAGCUACAUAUCUAAAUCUUAAAGCAGACUUAGGUUUGAAUAAGUAGAAAGUGUGUUACUAUGUAGUCAAGCGGUGUGAAGCUUUCUUAGUGUGGUCUAAUUUUACGCUUUUGGGGCUGUUUUCUGCACUCUUGUUCUAGUUCCUCACUUGGUUUGUACUGUUGAGGUUUUCUCGUGCAAUAUAUUGCUGUCUUAACUCAAUAGAAACAAAAAUGCAUGAGUAAUAAAAUGCUAUUAACUUU